CAGGAAUGGGGCUCGGCCCCUUUAAAUCCCGCCCGGGAACGCCCGGCGCUCAGCAGCGUCUUUCCCGGAUCCGCCGACUGGAAAGUGCCUUCCCCGCGCGUCCCGUAACGCUUCCCGCGCGGCGCCCCCUGUCCCGCGCCGGCUUUGUAGCGGGUGCCGGGGCGGUCGCGAGAAUGAGCCGCAUCUACCAGGAAGGCGCGCUCCGGAACAAGGCGGUGCAGAGCGCGCGGCUGCCGGGGGCCUGGGACCCCGCCGCCCACCAGGGGGGAAACGGUGUGCUGCUGGAGGGAGAGCUGAUGGAUGUUUCUCGGCAUAGCAUCUUGGAUGCCCAUGGCAGGAAGGAGCGCUACUACGUACUGUAUAUCCGGCCCAGUCACAUCCAUCGCCGUCAAUUCGACGCCAAGGGAAAUGAAAUCGAGCCCAACUUCAGCGCCACCAGGAAAGUGAACACGGGCUUCCUUUUGUCUUCCUACAAGGUAGAAGCCAAGGGCGACACUGACAGGCUCACACCUGAGGCACUGAAGCAGCUGGUCGAAAAGCCAGAGCUGCUGGCGCUGACAGAGCACCUCACCCCCGACCACACAGUGGCGUUCUGGAUGCCUGAGUCUGAGAUGGAGGCAAUUGAGCUCGAGCUGGGGACCGGGGUGCGGCUGAAGACGCGGGGUGACGGUCCCUUCCUGGAGUCUUUGGCCAAACUUGAGGCUGGGACCGUGACCAAGUGUAAUUUCGCUGGCGAUAGAAAGACAGGGGCAUCCUGGACAGACAACAUCAUGGCCCAAAAGUGUUCAGACGGGGCUGCAGCGGAGACCCGAGAGCAGGGAGACGGGGCAGAGGACGAAGAGUGGGAUGACUGAGGUGAGUGGGAUGCAGAUGCCUCUGGGGCCACCAGCACCUUCGGUAACAUUGUUGGGAAGCUCUUCCAUCAAUUACUCUGGAGCUGGAGAGGACAGUCUGCCAAGUCUUACCUGGUUCUUCCGCACAGCUGUCUUGGAAGACUCUUUGAACAAGCUCUGCUAGAACCAAACCCAUGACCACUGUGUUGGUGAUAGGGCCCCAUGCUGUGGCUCACGGAGGGCCCCUCCCUGCAUGUGAGUCUAGCCUUCCUAGACAGUACAUGAGGACCCUUUAAAAAAAA